UUGAUUACUGUUGAAUGUUAAAGGGGAAGGAGACUGUAGUGAAUUUUGUCUGGGAGUCGGGAGUGCCGCUAUAUCGUUGUCUGGUGAUGUGUCGCUUUUUUAGUCCAUUCCUAAACCCUCCAGUUUGUCCCGGCAAAUGGGUCGACUUACAGAUCCUGUCAAACACAGCCGUAGAAGAGCGGGGAAAGCGGUGUAAAAGUUGCCCAAAACAAUGACAAGGAGAGGUCAGCUGUUGGACCGUCAUUGGUGGAGGAGGCGUGAGACUCCGGAGGGUUUUGAUCAGGAGUAAGAUGUUUGUGGUCAUUGAAGAAGACGAGGCACCGGAGCAAAGAGGGGAAAGCAGGGGGAGGGGGCUGCUCUUCACUUGUGUCCGGGUUGGGAGUUUUUUUAAGCCGUCCACUGGAGCCAGGGAGCCUUUUGUCUGUUGAUAAGAUCUGGAGACUGGAGGAAUUGUCAAGAGUUUUUUUUCCUCUCCCUGCUCCUACUCUCUUGCUUGGCUGUAUACAGGGAAUGCGCUGCGCUUCAACAGGGCAAACUGCUCACCAUGAAGGACACUGGACUAAGAGAGGAUGUCUUCAGAUGGUUUUGGUGGGAGCAGCGAUGCCCAGCAGACCCUGCAGUCCUUCUGGCCCCGUGUCAUGGACGAGAUCAGGAACCUAACGAUGAAGGACUUUCGUGUGCAGGAGUUGCCUCUGGCUCGAAUCAAAAAAAUUAUGAAGCUGGAUGAAGAUGUUAAGAUGAUCAGUGCUGAGGCCCCAGUGCUGUUUGCCAAAGCUGCUCAGAUCUUCAUCACAGAACUCACCCUCAGAGCAUGGAUCCACACCGAGGACAAUAAGAGACGCACACUACAGAGGAAUGACAUUGCCAUGGCGAUAACAAAGUUUGACCAGUUUGACUUUCUCAUCGACAUUGUGCCCCGGGAUGAUCUGAAACCUCCCAAGCGACAGGACGAUGUGCGCCAGUCAGUGGCUCCAGCCGAGCCGGUGCAGUACUACUUUACCCUGGCUCAACAGCCCGGUGGGGUGCAGGUGCAGGGUGCGCAGCAGGGGCAGCAGCCAGGGGCACAGGCGGCCACCACCAUUCAGCCGGGCCAGAUCAUCAUCGCACAGCCACAACAAGGCCAGGUAGCUUAGCAUUGACUCUGAAUGCCACCCUAGAAGAGGAGAAUAAUGCAGAGAUCUAGAUUGUAGCUCAAACAUUUUGCUGGAUAAUUCAAUAUUAGUGGAGGCUGCUCUCCCACCAGCAAGAAUAUCAGCCCCUCCAAACACUCCCAGAGUCACACCCUUCAUCAGAAUCCAUAUCCUGGGAGUUGGGACCAAAUCACCACUCUCAUACGAAGCACUCAUAAAUGUUUUAAAAUUUCUGUUUAGCCUCAGGUCCUGUGUAGGUGUGGCAAAUAUAAAUUAUAAUGAAAAGGGAACUUCUUUGAAGUCGU